UUUCCCGCGGUUGGACGCGGCGCUCGGUUGCCGGGCGGGGGAGGGCGCGUCCGGUUUUUCUCAGGGGACGUUCAAAUUAUUUUUGUAACGGGAGUCGGGAGGGGACGGGGCGUGUCCCGAGGUGCGCGCGCGUCGGCCUCCUCCGCGCUGCUGCUCAGCUCGUAACUCCAGCACUGAGAGGGCGUCAUGCCUCCCAAAACCCCCCGAAGAGCGGUCGCUGCCGCUACCGCCGCCGUGGAACCCCCAGCGCCGCCGCCCCCUCCUGAGGAGGACGCGGAACGGGACAGCGGUCCCGAAGACCUGCCUCUGGCCAGGCUUGAGUUUGAAGAAGCUGAAGACCCCGAUUUUACAGCAUUAUGUCAGAAAUUAAAGAUACCAGAUCAUGUCAGAGAAAGAGCUUGGUUAACUUGGGAGAAAAUUUCAUCUGCUAAUGGAGCAUCGGGAGGUUAUAAUCAAAAGAAAAAGAAGCUGUGGGGAAUCUGUAUCUUCAUUGCAGCAGUUGACCUUGAUGACAUGCCAUUCACUUUUACUGAGCUACAAAAAAGCAUAGAAAUAAGUGUCUAUAAAUUUUUCGACUUACUAAAAGAAAUUGAUACAAGUACCAAAGUUGAUAGUGCUAUGUCAAGACUGUUGAAGAAGUAUAAUGUUUUGUGUGCUCUCUACAGCAAAUUAGAAAGGACAUGUGAACUAAUAUAUUUGGCACAACCCAGUACUUCGUUAUCUACUGAAAUAAAUUCUCUGUUGGUGCUAAGAGUUUCUUGGAUCACAUUUUUACUAGCCAAAGGAGAGGUCUUGCAAAUGGAAGAUGACCUGGUGAUCUCAUUUCAGUUAAUGUUGUGUGUUCUUGACUAUUUUAUCAAACUUUCACCUCCUGCUUUGCUCAAAGAGCCAUAUAAAACAGCUGUAAUACCUAUUAAUGGCUCACCUCGAACACCCAGGAGAGGUCAGAACAGAAGUGCCCGGACAGCCAAGCAACAAGAACAAGAUUCAAGAAUUAUUGACAUGCUCUGUAAAGAACAUGAUUGUAAUAUAGACGAGGUCAAAAAUGUUUAUUUCAAAAAUUUUAUUCCGUUUAUGAAUUCUCUUGGAAUUAUAGCUUCUAAUGAACUUCCAGAGGUUGAAAGUCUCUCUAAACGAUAUGAAGAAAUGUAUCUUAAAAACAAAGAUCUAGAUGCAAGAUUAUUUUUGGAUCAUGAUAAAACUCUCCAGACUGAUUCUAUAGACAGUUUUGAAAUGCAGAGAACACCAAGAAAAAAUCAUCAUGAUGAAGAUAUAAAUAUGAUUGCUCCACCAACUCCAGUGAGGACUGUUAUGAAUACCAUUCAACAGUUAGUGAUGAUUUUAAAUUCAGCAAGUGAUCAACCAUCAGAAAAUCUGAUUUCCUAUUUUAAUAACUGCACAGUGAAUCCAAAAGAAAAUAUUCUGAAAAGAGUAAAGGAUGUUGGAAUCAUCUUUAAGGAAAAAUUUGCUAAAGCUGUGGGACAGGGAUGUGUUGAUAUUGGAUCACAGCGAUACAAACUUGGAGUCCGACUGUAUUACCGAGUAAUGGAAUCCAUGCUUAAAUCAGAAGAGGAACGAUUGUCCAUUCAAAACUUUAGCAAACUCCUGAAUGACAACAUCUUUCAUAUGUCUUUAUUGGCAUGUGCCCUUGAAGUUGUAAUGGCUACAUAUAGCAGAAGUACAUCUCAGAAUCUUGAUUCUGGAACAAAUUUGUCCUUCCCAUGGAUUCUGAGUGUACUUAAUUUAAAGCCUUUUGAUUUUUACAAAGUGAUUGAAAGUUUUAUCAAAGCAGAAGCCAACUUGACAAGAGAAAUGAUAAAACACUUGGAACGAUGUGAGCAUCGAAUCAUGGAAUCCCUUGCAUGGCUCUCGGAUUCACCUUUAUUUGAUCUUAUUAAGCAGUCGAAAGACAGAGAAGGGCCAGCUGAUCAUUUUGAAUCUUCUUGUCCUCUCAACCUUCCUCUCCAGAAUAAUCACACCGCAGCAGAUAUGUAUCUUUCUCCUAUGAGAUCCCCAAAGAAAAAAAGUUCAACCACGCGUGUAAACUCUACCGCAAAUGUAGAGCCACAAGCAACCUCAGCUUUCCAGACCCAGAAGCCAUUAAAAUCUACCUCCCUUUCACUCUUUUACAAAAAAGUGUACCGACUGGCCUAUCUCCGACUCAAUACCCUAUGUGCACGCCUCCUGUCAGAACACCCGGAACUGGAGCACAUCAUCUGGACCCUUUUCCAACACACUCUGCAAAAUGAGUAUGAACUCAUGAGGGAUAGGCAUUUGGACCAGAUCAUGAUGUGUUCCAUGUACGGUAUAUGCAAAGUGAAGAAUAUAGAUCUAAAAUUCAAAAUCAUUGUGACAGCAUACAAAGAUCUUCCUCAUGCUGUUCAGGAGACAUUCAAACGUGUUUUAAUAAGAGAAGAAGAGUAUGACUCCAUUAUAGUAUUCUACAACUCGGUCUUCAUGCAGAGGCUGAAAACAAAUAUUUUGCAGUAUGCUUCCACCAGGCCCCCUACCUUGUCACCAAUACCUCACAUUCCUCGAAGCCCUUACAAAUUUUCUAGUUCCCCCUUACGGCUUCCUGGGGGGAAUAUCUACAUAUCACCUUUGAAGAGUCCAUAUAAAAUUUCAGAAGGUCUGCCAACACCAACAAAAAUGACACCAAGAUCAAGAAUCUUAGUUUCAAUUGGUGAAUCAUUUGGGACUUCUGAAAAGUUCCAGAAAAUAAACCAGAUGGUAUGUAACAGCGACCGGGUGCUCAAAAGAAGUGCUGAAGGAAGCAACCCUCCUAAACCUCUGAAAAAAUUACGUUUCGAUAUUGAAGGGACAGAUGAAGCAGAUGGAAGCAAACAUCUAGCAGGGGAGUCGAAAUUUCAACUGAAACUUGCAGAAAUGACAUCUACUCGAACACGAAUGCAAAAGCAGAAAAUGAAUGAUAGCAUGGAUACCUCAAAUAAGGAAGAAAAGUGAGGAUCUCAGGAGCUUGGUGGGCACUGUGUACACUCCUGCCUCUCAUGAUGUGACUCUAUGUGUCUCCCAGGUUGUUUGUGACCAUAUUUAAUAUUUUCAGCUCUUUUUUUGUGGAUAAAAAUAUGCAAAUCCAAGUUGAAUAUAUGCAUUGGCAAUUCCUAAGCUACUGCAAUGGGAUAUAUGUUGUUUCUGUGCAGGAUUGAAAAUCUUGUGUAAAUCCUGUUACUUAAAACUUUGUAGCAGAUGCUUCCAUUUCCACGUAGUUCUGCUUAGCGGGUAGUGAGGAUAGCCCAGCAGCAGGAAUCCUGACAACUUAGGACUCUCUUGGCUACUUUGCCUUCUCUUGUAGCAAGUAUAUGGUGUUUGCUCUUGCUUUUAUUAAUUUAUAUGUAUAUUUUUAAAUUUAACACAAACAUCCCUAGAAAAAUGUGUCCUCUCUUACAAAUGCAAUUUGACUAACUGCCCAUUCACCCAAAUUAUUUUGAACUCUUCUUAAACCAGAUAACUGUUAUAAACCAGAAAAAAAAAACUGAUUUUUACACAUUAGACUUUAUUUUACUAUUGGAAUCUGAUGCACUAUGUGCUUGUUUUAUAAUUUUAGGUCUUAAGUACACACAAAAGGUAAAAUGUAACCAUGAUAUUGUCAUACUACUGACACAGGCUUCAUACCUCAGAAUUUGUAAGAAUUCGUUAUUUGCUUCAUCCAACUCAUGCUUUAAAAUGGGGGAUUACGAUAGUGGUUUUUUUUUUAACCAUUCAGAUCACUGAAUUUCCCAUCUAUUACUUGAGUCAGCAAAGCUUUCUGCUAGAGCUUUGCUGAAGAGGACCUUACCACAGCUUAUCCUAAGUGCUCUUCUAAAAUUUUUGAGUCGUAAAGAAUCGAGAUACAAAUUAACUUCAUUCCAUAAACAGACUGUUAACAAUAGGGGCCUUAAUUGUUGUUGUUGUUUUUUUUUUUUGAGGUUUGUGUAAUUGCAUUCCAACAACUAUUCCACCCUCCCUCCUAAAUCUGGGAAGGUUUACAUUUUUCUCUGGAAUGGUACAUGUCUUCCAUAUAUCUUUUGAAGUGGCAGUUAUCUGCUUUUUUGUUUUUUUUUUAAGUCAGCGUGAUCUAACACUGACCACAUUGUCUAGUCCAAAAUUGCAAGUAAAGCUAAUAGUAAGCAUCAACCCUUACAUAAGCAGCACUCUUUGUAUUUUACUUUUGUGCAAAAGCUUCAAAUGAAAAUAGCUGCAUUAGAAAAAGAGGCCUUUCUCCCUUCCUUACAUCUGAGGGUAUAUUUAAACUAUCUUGUGUGAUUAACUUAUUUAGAGGUGGUAUAAUUUAAACUAGGUAAUAUUUAAGAUAGUAGCAGCUAGCUUUAGGAAAAAUCACUUUGUCUAAACUCAAUUCUUUUGAAAAAGAAAUCUGAUCUGAUUUGUUAGAAAAUAAAAUUUUUAUUUUGUGCUCAGUUAAAUCUUAAACUAUGUUGCAAAUAUCUCAGAACAAAGGCACUAGAAAGCUUUAUCCCAUCGCAUUAAUUUUUGCAUGAAUAUCAUACCAAUCAGUAAGUUUUAGGUUAAGAGCUUACCGUAUUUCUGGAUAUUUUGCUAAUAAGUUCACUCUAGAAUUAGUGGUGAUUCUAGGAAUUUCUAAGAUCGUGUAUUGGAAUUUCUUAAGUAAGGCUUUAGGUAAUGCUUUAUUGCUGUUUUGUAUUGGUUAAAAUUGUACAUUUAAAUCGGUAUGUUACUAUUUUCUACAAGUAAUAGCUAGUCUAUUUUAAAAUAAAUUAGCUCAGAGUCUGA